AUGUAUCGAAUAUUGCAUACAGCUCGAUUAUUACCAUCUUCAAUCGUUAUUCGAUUGAAUUCAACAAAUAAAAUUCCUAUACGAAAUUUACCAAAUAUUAAUGAUGAAGAAGAAGAAGAUGAUGAUGAUGAUCGAUCAAAGAAAGUCCUAUCAUCUAAAGAUUACAUAUUUGCUGAUUCAAAAUCAUCCCGAUUUAAGGAAAAAAAUCCACGUAAACAAAAGCAAUGGUUAAAAGAACUUGAACAACGAAAAAUUAUUCCCAAAACACCAUUAUCAUCAUUUAUUAAAGAAACUCAAACAACACCUGAAAAAAUCAAACAACAAGAUUCAGAUAAUAAAAUCAUUCGAGAUAAAUAUGUUACACCUGAUGGUAUCAUGCAUGAAAAUACUUUUCAAAUUAAUUUUGAUACAGAUCUAGAUGAAGAUGAACAAGAAAAAGAACCCGAUGAACCAAUAUCUUUAGCUGUUGAUGGACGCAAAUAUCCAGUAUGGUAUUAUGCAGGCAAAUUAAAACAGUUAGCAUCACAAAAUAAGGUUCAAGAAACACUUGAUUAUUUUUAUAAAGAAAUGAUGGAUAAAGAACGAGUUGCUCCAAAUCUAUUUUGUUAUCAAGUUGUAAUUGGUAUUUGUGCGCGAAAUGGUUAUUUAACACAAGCAUUUGAUCUUUAUCGAGAAAUGAAAGAUCGUGGAUAUGCAACAGUAGAUUCUCGAAAGAUGACGAAAAUUUUUACAUUAUUAGCUACUGCUUGUUAUCGUGCAUCAGAUAGUAAAAUGGCUAUUGAUCGUGCUACACAAUUUGUUGAUGAAAUGAAAGAUAAAGGCAUGUAUGUAUUUACUAUGAUUAAUAGCUGAUUUCGUAUUGAAUACCGAACAUUUAAUGCUUUGAUUGCUGCAUUUGGUAAACAUGGUCAAGUUAAAAUGGCAUUUCAAUUAGCUGAUGAAAUGGUUGAAGUUGGUUUUAUACCAAAUGAAGAUACUUAUGUAUCAUUAUUAAUUGCAUGUAAUUCAGAAAAAAAUACUGGUUUUAAAUAUGCUAUAGAAAUUUGGCGUCGAAUGCUUGCGUUUGGUAUUAAACCAAAUCCAUUUCAUUUUGGUCUUUUACUUAAUAUUACAUAUAACUGUGGAUUAGGUUCAUUAAAAUCGAUGCAUGAUUUACUUUUUCCACUUCAAUCUCAACAAUUUCUUCUCGAUGAUGCCGAAAUUAAAGAUAAUGAAGAAAAAAUAUAUCGAGGACCUUCAUUUCUCUCAUCAAUAGAUAUAUCUGAUGACAAAUCUCCAAAUAUGAUUUCUAAAUCAAAUGAUUUAAUUGAUACACAUGACGAAAAUCAACGGCACUUAAUUUCUUCUUCUUCUUCUUCUGAGACAAUUGAACAUCAAGAUAGUGCAACAUCAUCAGAAUUAACAUCUGAAUGGUGGCAAGAUCCCGAUGAUAUUCGAAAGGGACAUUUAUUAAAAAAUCAUUUAAGUCCAUUUAGCAAUGCAAGUAUACUCAAACCAAAUAUGGUCUAUAACGAGCCGAAUCUUGUUGGUCUUCGAGUGCCUCGUUCACCAUCGGAAAGACUCAUGUUAUUAGGUGGUAUUCCAGGUAUUUUAAAACAUAUGCAAGAAUGUGAUGUCUUACCUAAUAAUAUCAUUUUUAACACAUUUCUUAAUCUUAUUCCACCAUUGACUGAACAUGAACAAGCACUUAUUCAUGUUUUCAAUAUCUGUCAAGUUAAACCUAAUAUACAAUUUUAUAAUGCACUCAUUCUUCGACGAUUACGACGACGAGCAAAACAAGAAGCAUUGCAAGUACUUGAUUUUAUGUGUGAAGAAUGUUUAUCACCUGAUGAAUAUACAUUUUCAGCUUUGGCUAAGGUAUGCGAGAACAAACAUGAUGCAGAACAGUUGUUAAAUGAAAUGACAGAUCUCAAUUUGAAGCCUAAUCAAAAAGUUCUUGAAGCAAUGCUUAACAAUGCUUUUCAUCGUACCAACUUUCCAUUACUUUCAUUUAUUUGUGAAUCAUAUAGAACAUAUAAUUUAGCUGUUAACAAAGGAUUUCUUGAACGAAUAGAGAAAUUUUUAUUAGAUAUACGUUCAAAAAUUCUUGCAAUGGAACAUGCCAAUCUAGAUACUGAUCAAUAUCGUUUACUAAGUUCAUCAUAUGAUCGUUUUCAAAAAUUUUAUAAUAGAUGGCUUCGUGAAGUGCCAUACGCAAAACGUUUUGAUCAAAAAAUAUCUUUUCUUUAUGAUAAACCAGAUUUGAAAAAAUAA